UUGCAUCACGUUCGCCUGCAUUUUGAGUUUGAGAAGUCAAACUUGUUUUCGUACGUCCGAGACCAGACUUUCUACGCUUUGAGUGCACUUGGCAUUGUGUGAUGCAAGUGUCCGAAAGAUUGUGACGAAACAAGGUUCGAGUAGAGCGAGAUGUCGAUUCGGCUAGCAGCCGUUCGGCUGUUCAAAAAUGGUCGACAGCUCGUCCGACACAUCCACAAGAGCAAGAUUAGCUCGUUCACCCGAGCGGCCGAGUCUGGGCCGCCAGCACCGUCCAGACCUGCGACCUUCGUGCAACAGGUGACCCAGAAUGCACGCAGGGUUGUGGUCGACGCCGUCCUCAGCAGGGUCACGCACACUGUGGCCGCCGACCUGCGUCGCAAGGUCACCCGACAACUGCUCUACGGCGAUUCCAGACCUUUCUUUGCCCUCGUCGGGGUCAGUCUGGCCUCCGGCACGGGGAUAAUUUCCAAAGACGACCAGUUGGAGGCGGUCUGUUGGGAAAUACGGGAUGCUGUUAACCGCAGCCAGAGUUUGAGGAAGAACCAACUUUUUACAGAGGACGUGCCCGAAAUUGGUUUGGAAAAUCUAGAGUUUGGACCUGAACCUUUGGCAAAAGGCUGCAGUGCGGUUGUCUACCCUGCCAGAUGGCGAAAUGAAAGAGCUGAAGCUUCAACUUCAAAUGACUCCUCCGACCCUUCGAUUUACGAGUUUCCGCUGGCCGUGAAAAUGAUGUUCAACUACGACGCUGAAUCCAACGCCUCUGCAAUUCUGCACGCCAUGCUCCGAGAAACUGUACCUGCCUGGAGCAGGGACUUUGAUGUGCUGCAGGUGUUGGAUUACACUCUGACCGGUCGCAUGUCCAGCCUCUCGCCACACCCGAACAUAGUGGAAAUGUACCGUGUCUUCACCGACCGCAUUCCCAACAUGCCUGGCGCCAUGGACCUCUACCCUGACGCACUGCCUGCCAGAAUCAACCCUGCAGGCUCCGGACGAAACAUGAGCCUCUUUCUAAUAAUGAAACGAUACGAAUGCAGUCUGAGAGACUUCGUAAAGAAAAGUCCACCUUCGCCCCGUGUUGCUCAAUUAUUGUUUGCCCAACUGCUGGAGGCUGUGGCCCACAUGAAAUUGAGCAACAUAGCUCACAGGGACUUGAAAAGUGAUAACGUUUUGGUGGACUUAGUCGAGGGUGAUGAUGCGUGCCCAGUGGUGGCUGUUUCUGAUUUUGGGUGUUGCCUUGCUGAUUCGUCUCAUGGUCUCAGCCUGCCCUUCUCUACUCCCCAUGUGGACAGAGGAGGAAAUGCAGCGUUGAUGGCACCAGAGGUGGUUUGUGCUCGUCCUGGUCCUUUCACAUCGAUCAACUACAGCAAAUCUGACCUUUGGUCUGUUGGCACCCUGGCUUACGAACUCUUUGGCAUGGACAACCCGUUUGCUGGUGUUGGAGCAACCCUUUACAACAGGACUUACAGCGAUGAAGAUUUGCCCGAGCUGCCUGAAAUUAUGCCUGCACCGUUAAAGGCUCUCGUCUAUGCAAUUCUCUCUAGGAAUCCGUCAAAAAGACCCUCUCCGGAAUUAGCUGCCACCAUCAGCCAGUUGAUUCUGUGGGCCCCGAGCGAGUGGUUGAAUUCAAAAGAAAUGAGAGCACCUUCUAGCAAUGAGGUGCUGCAGUGGCUCUUGUCCUUAGCAACGAAGGUCCUUUGCGAGGGCAACGUCACAUAUUCAGGUCGAGGUCGACGCACAUUGCCCGAGUACCAGCUGAUCACUAGCCUUCUUGGCAGGGUGAAGCUGCAGCAGGUGCGCCAAGCCCUCACCUGGAUUCACCAAAACUCGAUGUGAUUGCUUAUGAGCACUUUUUAUUGUUUCUCCCUUUAGAGCGAUCAAGUUUUUUAGUCGUGGAAUUUGUCCAAAUUUUAUUUGAUCUAGAAAAUUUGAGAAAUCUGUUCCUAUUUAUUAUGAUUAUAUCGUAGGCUUAAUUUUCCUUUGGGGUUUUGGAAAAUUAUUAUACUUGGUUUUACGGAAUGUUAUCCAUAAUUAUGAAUUGUAUCUAAGCAAGACUGUUGAUCUUUGAUGUACUUACUUGUAGCAAAGAAUAAAAUGUAUUGUACUGCA